UUGUUAAAUAUUUUUUAUUUGUUUGUGAUUUUUAUUGUUUUGGUUGUUUAUGUUUUUUGGUUCUUUUUUGUGGGUUUUGCGUGGGAAAAUUUAUUUCGGUUUAUGACUUUUCUGAUUAUGUACGUAUUUAACAUAGAUUGAGGGUUCGGGAAGUCGUCACGCAAUAUCUCGACGUUUGAACGCCUCAGUUAGGCGGGAGUCAGGCCGUUUAGGAAAUACGGCCGAACCGUUCGUUCACCAGCAGCAGUAUGGGUAUGCUGGUAACUGGUCGGGGGAGCAGCAGCCAGAACGCAGCCUCCCCAUGUACUCGUCGGGUGGAGUGCCUUCACCUUCAACUGACGAUGAGGAGGACGAGGGAAGUCAUGCUUCCCGCGAUGACGAGUAUGACUCUCGUUAUUAUCAUACGGUGCGUAGGGGUCAGACUGGGAGAUUUGUCAGCAGUACUCAAACCAGUCAGCCUUCCACAAGCACGGCAGAGGCAUGGGUAGUGCAGGAGGCGAUGCCAGGAGGUCCGGAGGAUGGGACCGUUAUCCCUAGCUUUGGGGGGCAUGUGGCUGCGUAUAUAUGGGGCGGGCAGGAGCGUGCUGUAUUGCGCUGUUUGGGCAGGACGCAGUGGUGUUCUGAGUUGGCCGCCUGGCGAGGUCGUCUUGCACAUGACCAUUUGGAGAUGAUUGACGGUAGCGGUCUGUCCCACUUACCUGGAAUCAUGUUCAGGCGUUUGGACUGGCCGCUGAUUUCAGCUUUUGUUGAGAGAUGGCAGCCAGAUACGAACUCGUUCCAUAUGCCAUUUGGGGAGAUUACGAUCAUGCUGCAUGAUGUGUACUACAUUCUUGGCCUUCGUGUAGAUGGUACCAGGGUGUCCGCUACUCCCAGCACGGACACCCUGCGGGACGCAUGCUCGAUCACCUUGGACAUGACUGCAGAGGAGCUGAAUGAGAAGUGCGGUACCAAGACUGUCUGGUUGGGGAGUGGGGUGCUGACGGAGAGGAUCGCGGACGCGACUCUUGAGUCGCAGAGGCCUUUUGAUGUCCAUUACAAUGCCUACUUGUGGUUAGUGCUGGGCGGAUGUCUGUUUCUGGACAAGAGUGGUAACCGUACUCAUCCGUCCUUCCUCAGCGAGCUGGUUGUGGAUGAUGUGCCGAUAGAUGAGUACUCUUGGGGUUCAGCUGUGCUUGCGUAUCUGUAUCGGCAGUUGGGUACGGCAUCUAGACGAGAUGCCGAUUCUAUCGCUGGUUGUCUCACACUUCUGCAGGCGUGGAUCUAUGAGUAUUUUCCGUGCUUCCGGCCGCAGCAGGGUACCUUGACUAGGGAGCUUAGUGUUCCGCGUGCCUCGGCUUGGGAUGUGGGAUCGGGAUGCCCCAACAAGAGCAUCGAGCGCCUCCUCGCAUUUCGUUCUAGACUGGAUCAGCUGACCGAUAAUGAGGUUAACUGGCUGCCGUACGGGGUUGAUCCGGCACGACGCGUGCCAGCCACUUUAUUCAUUGGCUGCAUCCAGUAUCGGAGUAUCAUUGAGCCAUACAUGCCUGAUCGAGUCGUUCGGCAGCUGGGAUUCGUGCAGGACAUUCCGGGGACCAUUAUACGCCCUGAGAAGGCUAAGAGGCCUACGAACUUGAAGAUGUAUCGGGUGGAGUUCCCGAUUGAGAUGACAUCAGUUAUGUGGACUCGGUUUGUCCCUGGUUCGUACUUCAGUGUUGUUCUCGGUGCCCUUACCCCACUCGGAGGUGGAUCUCCUACGGUCGGUCCAGGUUACAUGCAGUGGCUGUACCGAUUUUCUCAUCCUCGUAUUUCUCCGGGUGGGUCUUCAUCUGCGAUCACACUUCCAGAGAGGACUAACACGGACUACUGGAUGGGUCGUUCCUUGGCGAUUCACCGUAGGUCACUGGUGGAUUGUCCCAGCAUGCCGUACCUGUUUCCUGCGCACCACGUUGAGUGUAUCGACGGUCCACGUGUUCGAAGUAACUUGGGUGUCGUCUAG